AUGACCAGUGAGCUGAAGGAUCUGAAGAAGCAGGAGAGGCAGAUUAAGUCAACGUUCGACGGUGUGAGGAAAUUCUUGGACCAGUUUAAGGCAGAAAAACAUGCAGCUCAAAUUGCCACCCGACUGGAAAUGCUCGAAACAGCCAUGAAAAAAUUCUACACUGUGCAACGAAAAUUGGAAAUCGUGCAAGAAGAGGAAGAUGAGGAAACCAAAGAAUCCCCCGAGCAGCGCUGCGAACGUCAACAGAAACGCGACGAUGCCAGUGCUGUGUUGACCUGCUUUUUCGAAGACACCUACUGUGAACUCAAGGCAAGUUUAAAAGCACUUCUUCCUCUGGAAACUGAUUUACCACCACCUCAACCCACAACCCUUCCCAGCAGCCUUCCGGGAACCAAUUCUCGUGUGAAGCUGCCUGAGAUCCGACUUCCUAGCUUCGGAGGCCUCACUCGUGAGUGGGUUACCUUUCGGGAUACUUUUCGGAGCUUGAUCCAUUUGAACGAUCAACUAUCUACUAUGGACAAGUUCACGUAUCUCCGAUCUUCGCUAACUGGAGACGCCUUUCAGGAAAUUGCUUCGGUGGAUGUGACAGCAGCAAAUUAUUCCGUAGCAUGGGAUCUUCUCCAAAAACGUUACGAGAAUAAAAAAUUAAUAGUUAAGGCCCAUCUAGAUGCCUUGUUCAGUAUUGAACCCAUUAAACGGGAGAGCUUUGAGGCUUUGAGUCAUCUGAUCAGCGAAUAUGAUCGCAACCUGCUACAGCUUGCGAAGAUUGGUGAGGAAACCGAAGGUUGGAGUACCGUUUUGGCCUACAUGGUAUGUUCACGUCUCGAUUCCAGUACUUUGCGACUUUGGGAGGCUCAUCAUGCGUCGAAAGAGGUUCCAACUUAUGACGAUUUGAUAGAUUUUCUGAGACAACAAUGUGCCGUCUUGCAAUCUAUUGCACCUGCGAAACCUAAUGCGAACGAGCCCAAAAAUCCUAGGUUUUCUGUCAGCCACACAACAGUCAGACCUUCAAAUCGUUGUCCAUUCUGCGGUGGAGAGCCACACUCAGCAUUUAAAUGCCAGAAAUUCCUGAAGCUGAAAGUCCCUGAGCGGCAUGAGAUGGUAAAACGACAUGGACUCUGCUUCAACUGCCUUUCAUCGUCGCACAUGCUUCGUGCCUGCACCCGUGGGAACUGCCGUCAGUGUCAACACAAACACCACACCCUGCUGCAUCCAGUGAGAGUGAACAGUGCGCCACUUCCGUACAAUCCACAAGUGCCGAAUCCACCAUCAAAUCCCAUCAAUCAACAACAACAACAACCACAACCACAUGCCCAGAACACGACCACACCUACCCACCAGCGAAGUUCACAUUCAAGCUCGUACCCAGUAACACUGCAAUGCAACCCACUACACACCACAGACCCUUCCAUCGAUACACAUGCUUUACCUGUUAACACCUACACCUCACUUCAUCAAGUUCUUCUUUCCACCGCCUUGGUGCGCGUUACUGAUCGCCAAGGGAAUUUCCUUUUGGCUAGAGCACUUCUAGACUCGUGCUCGGAAUAUUGUUUUAUUACCACGAACCUUUAUCAAAAAUUGAAUCUUGUUGAAGCUUCUAGCUUCCUGACUGUUGCUGGCAUUGGUGGUUCGGUGGUUCAGUCCAACAAACUAGUCAAAGCUACUAUUCUGCCGAGAGAUCAUUGUAUUUCGUCCUAUGUGGAGAUGAUUGAUCUUCAUGUCCUUCCGAAGCUCACUUCUACGCUUCCGACUCAAGCAGUUAGCCUGAGUCAGCUGAAAAUUCCGGCAGAUCUUACUUUGGCAGAUCCAGAUUUCCAUCAGCCAGGACCGAUAGACCUCAUCAUUGGAGCGGAGCACUACUACGAUUUGCUUGAGGAUGGCCGUAGAAAACUGAACGAGAACGGCCCGACGAUGCAGAAAACCGUCUUCGGUUGGGUUAUUUCUGGCCGAGUACCCGAUAGCACCUCAGUUGGUCCACGAUCUGCUGCCUAUCCAUGCGCAAAUGUUGAGCUACGAGAUAUAGUAACAAGAUUUUGGGAAUUGGAAUCCUGCUUUUCCAAAAGCUUGUUGUCUGUGGAGGAAUCUGCUUGCGAGGAGUUUUACGACGAAACGACCUACCGAGAUGCAGAUCAACGCUACGUAGUUUCAUUACCCAAGAAAAGCUACCUCAUCGACAAACUCGGAGACUCCAGAGCCACGGCACUUCGAAGGCUCGAAGGUCUUGAACGACGUUUAGCAAGGGAUUCAGCGUUGAAGCAGCAGUAUGUUGAGUUCAUCCAAGAAUACAUCGAUAUGGGCCACAUGAUCGAGGUCAAGGAGGAGUCGAAUCAGCUGGCAUACUAUAUGCCCCAUCAUCCUGUUCAGAAACCUGACAGCACCACCACCAAGUUGAGGGUAGUCUUCGAUGCUUCUUGUCGGACAACUUCGGGGGUUUCGCUCAACGAGGCACUUAUGGUUGGCCCAGUAGUGCAGGACGACCUGCUAUCUAUCGUUCUUCGGUUCCGGUUUCGCAAAAUCGCAAUUGUGGCAGAUAUUGCGAAAAUGUAUCGCAUGGUGCGCAUGAAUCCAGCUGAUCAACCGCUUCAACGCAUCCUGUGGAGGUUCUCACCAGACGAACCUGUGAAGUCGUACCAGAUGGCAACGGUCACUUAUGGAACUGCGUCAGCGCCAUACUUGGCAACCAAAUCCCUCCAACGUUUGGCCCAGGACGGCGAGAGCAGCUAUCCAGCAGCAGCAGCAGUGAUCAAGAAGGAUGUUUAUGUCGAUGAUCUGAUGACAGGAACUGAUGAUCCAGAAGAAGGUGCCCAGCUGGUAUCAGCUGUCAAUACUUUGACCAACUCUGCAGGAUUCGUUCUUCGGAAAUACUGUUCGAAUAGUCCUGAAAUAUUGUCAAAAAUCUCUCCAGAGCUGCGAGACGAAAGAACAACACUCGAGCUUGAUUCGUCGACAGCGACAGUAAAGACGUUAGGAUUACUCUGGGAACCAUCAUCGGACAGCUUCAAAUUCGCAGUGCCAGUCUGGAAUUCUGAUGCUUGCGUCACGAAAAGAUCCGUUUUAUCUGACAUCGCUCGUGUUUUUGACCCUUUGGGAUUAAUUGGACCAGUAGUUGUUCAGGCAAAAAUAUUUUUGCAACAAAUUUGGAAGCACAAGUCUGAUUGGGAUGAUCCGCUUCCAGACAAUAUGAAGAUUUUCUGGGAGGAGUACCGCCGCAAUUUGAUUGCUUUAGAAUCGCUUUCUGUGCCCAGGUGGACGGGCUAUCUAAACAACUUGACCAGUGUAGAGCUCCACGGUUUCUGCGACGCUUCAGAAGCCGCAUAUGGAGCAUGUAUCUACCUUCGCUGUACAUCAGAUAAAGGGUCAAUCACAGUUCGGCUCGUCACAGCAAAAUCUAAGGUAGCACCCUUAGAAGAUUUGGCUCGCAAGAAGAAAAAGCAAUCGAUUCCCAGAUUAGAACUAUCAUCUGCCCUUCUAUUGGCCCACCUGUACGACAAGCUGAGGCAAAGUAUUCCAUUCACGAUCUCUGCGUAUUUCUGGACCGACUCUAUGAUUGUCAAGUACUGGCUCGCUUCACUUCCAUCCAGAUGGCAAUCAUUCGUGGGCAACAGAGUGUCGGAAAUACAACACAUCACCAAAGGCGGAAUUUGGAAUCACAUCUCAGGGACAGAGAACCCGGCAGACAUCAUCUCCAGAGGCAUGAGUCCGGCGCAGCUGCAAUACCAGUCACUGUGGCUGGAGGGCCCCAGCUGGUUGAAAUUCGAUAGAUCCGCCUGGCCAACAAUCGUUGAACACCCAUCAGAAAUCGACAACUCCAUGCUCGAAGAAAAACCAGCAGCAGCUUUGCCAGUCCAAGCACAACCAGCAAGUUUUAUAUUCGAAUUGCAUUCCUCGUUGCCACGUCUUGUUCGAAUUGUUGCUCUGCUGCAAAGAUUCAUCCACAACUCAAAGAAGCGGAAUCGUGAUACCAAACGCAUCGGCCAAGUAUCACUGGAAGAAGUUGACGAAGCUUUGCAAGCACUAGUGAAGUUAUCCCAAUGUGAGACGUUUCCCGAGGAGCUGAAAGCUUUGCGCACGAACCACGACAUUAGAUCAUCAUCCCCCCUUUCUUCGUUGAAUCCUGUGCUCGUGAUGGAACAAUGCGCGUCGGUGGCCGGCUGCGCCAUGCUGCUAUUUCAGAAGACAGGCGCCAUCCGUUCAUUCUACACCCGAAACAUCCUCUGA